GUCGCGCACGCGUCACGUGAUCUCGGGAACGCGCUCUGCAGGUAGAACAGGUGACGCGUCUUUCUGCUUCAAAAACAACAGCGAUGAGAAGACGCCAUUAAACAUCACACUUCUCGAGGAACAGACGUCAUGAUUGCGGACACAAAACCAGAGAUGGAAACUUGAGUCUGGGACUUGGACUCGAGUCGCACUUAAGUCGCAUAAAUAAAGAUUUGGGAUUUGACUUGGACUCGUGAACAGCUGACUUGAGACUUGACUUGGACUUGGACCUCAGAGACUUGUGAACAUGUCUGCACAAAACACACACUGAUCGCCUGAAACACUCAGACUGUGCUUGAAGUGCAGAGGCCUCACAUCAGUCUGUCAUUAUGGAGAUCAGAGAGAGAUCUUCAUCUCCAGAACCCAUCAGAGAGACUCUGAAGAGAGACAGAUCCAUGAAUCCUCCUGAAUCCAGUGAUGAUCCAGUGACCUCUGACCCCAGUAUCUGCAGACAGAGAUCUUCAUCUCCUGAUCACAGCUGUGUGUCUCUGAAGACUGAUGAAUCAUUGACUCAUCCUCCUAAAUUCAGUGAUGAACGUGUGACCUCUGACCCCAGUGAGUCUGAAGAUGAUCAGACUGGAGGCCUGGAUUCUCCUCAACCAGUGAAUGAUGAACUACAGAGAGUCAAAGACCAGCUCAAAACCAGCAUGAAGAACAAGUAUGAGAGAUUAUUUGAGGGACUGAACCUCCAGGAGAAUGAAAGCCUCCUGAACAGGAUCUACACACAGCUCUACAUCAUAGAGGGAGAGAGUGAAGGAGUGAAUGAAGAACAUGAGGUUUUACAGAUGGAGAAAACAGCCAGAACACAACACUCACAAGACACUCCAAUCUACUGCAAUGACAUCUUUAAAGUCUCAGCUGAACCAGGAUGUGAGGAGAAAGACCAGAUCAAGACUGUUCUUACUAAAGGCAUCGCUGGAAUCGGAAAAACCGUCUCUGUGCAGAAGUUCAUUCUGGACUGGGCCGAGGGAAAAGCCAAUCAGGAUGUAGAUUUCAUGUUUGUGCUUCCAUUUCGAGAGCUGAACUUGAUCCGAGAUGAUCAGUACAGUCUUCAAGACUUUCAUCCUGAACUUCAAGAUCUGGACUCAAAGAUUUAUGAGGAGUGUAAAGUUGUGUUCAUCUUUGAUGGUCUGGAUGAAAGCAGAAUCACGCUGAUGUUUUCAGAUGAUCAGAACGUUUGUGAUGUGACUGAGACUUCAUCAGUGGGUGUGUUGAUGUCAAAGCUCAUGAAAGGAGAGCUGCUUCCCUCUGCUCUCAUCUGGCUCACCUCCAGACCAGCAGCAGCCAAUCAGAUCCCCUCCAAAUACAUCAACCGUCUGACAGAAAUUCAGGGAUUCACUGAGCCUCAAAAGGAGGAAUAUUUCAGGAAGAGAAUCAGUGACCAGCAGCAAGCCAGCAGAAUCAUCUCACACAUCAGAAGAGCAAGAAGCCUCCACAUCAUGUGCCACAUCCCCGUCUUCUGCUGGAUCUCAUCCACUGUGCUUCAGAAGCUCCUGGAAGAAGAUCUGAGUGCAGAAAUCCCUCAAACUCUGACUGAAAUGUACAUCCACUUCCUGCUGAUUCAGAUCAACAUGAGGAACCAGAAGUAUGAAGACAGAGAUCCAGAGAAACUCCUGCAGUCCAACAGAGAAGUGAUUGUGAAACUUGCUGAAGUGGCUUUCAAACAGCUGAUGAAGGGCAAUGUGAUGUUCUAUGAGGAGGACCUGAUGGAGAGCGGCAUAGACGUCACUGAUGCCUCAGUGUAUUCUGGGAUUUGCACUGAGAUCUUUAAGGAGGAAUCUGUGAUUCAUCAGAGGAAAGUCUACAGCUUCAUUCAUCUGAGCGUUCAGGAGUUUCUCGCUGCUUUCUACGUGUUUUACUGCUAUUUAAUGAAGAACAUGGAGCCACUGCAUGAAUUCAGAUUUUACGGUUUUGAUAAAGACUCUCUGUAUAAUAUACUAACAUCAGCAGUAUAUAAAGCUCUUGAGAGUGAGAAUGGACGUCUGGAUCUGUUCCUGCGGUUCCUGCUGGGCGUCUCACUGGAGUCCAAUCAGAGACUCUUACAGGAUCUACUGACACACACAGAGAACAGCUCAGAGAGCAUCAGGAGAACCACACAGUACAUUAAAGACAAGAUCAAAGACCCAGAAAGAUUUCGUCAUCUCUCAGCUGGUGAAUCCAUCAAUCUGUUCCUCUGUCUGCUGGAAGUGAAAGAUCAGACUCUGUCCAGAGAGAUUCAGGAGUUUGUGAAAUCAGACAAACACUCAGAGGAACUCUCUCCUGCUCACUGCUCAACAAUCUCCUACAUGCUUCAGAUGUCAGAGGAGCCGCUGGAGGAGCUGAACGCCAUGAAAUACAACACAUCAGAUGAGGGGAGAAGAAGACUGAUACCAGCUGUGAUCAACUGCAGAAAAGCUCUAUUUUCUGGCUGUAAUCUCUCAGAUCAGCAUUGUGAAAUUGUGUCUUCAGCUCUUCAAUCCUCAAACUGUGUCCUGAGAGAGCUGGAUCUGAGUCGCAAUGACCUGCAGGACUCUGGUGUAAAGUUUAUUUCUGAUGGACUGAAGAAUCCAAACUGUCAGCUGCAGAUACUGAGAUUUUCUGGCUGUGAUCUCUCAGAUCAGCAUUGUGAAAUUGUGUCUUCAGCUCUUCAAUCCUCAAACUGUGUCCUGAGAGAGCUGGAUCUGAGUAACAAUGACCUGCAGGACUCUGGUGUAAAGAUUAUUUCUGAUGGACUGAAGAAUCCAAACUGUCAGCUGCAGAUACUGAGGUUGUCUGGCUGUAUGGUGUCAGAGGAAGGCUGUGGUUAUUUGUCUUCAGCUCUGAGUUCAAACCCCUCACACCUGAGAGAGCUGGAUCUGAGCUACAAUCACCCAGGAGAUUCAGGAGUCCAGCUGCUCAAACACAAACUGAAGGAUCCAAACUAUAAACUGCAGAUACUCAAUGUGGAUCAUGGAGGACAGAUCAUGAUGACAGCAGGACUGCGAAAGUAUGCCUGUGAACUCACACUGGAUCCAAACACAGCACACACUGAACUCAUUCUGUCUGAUGAGAACAAGAGCAUCACAUGCGUGAGAUAUCGUCAGCCGUAUCCUGAUCAUCCAGAGAGAUUUGAUGAGCAUGAGCAGGUUCUGUGUGUUGAGAGUCUGACUGGACGCUGUUACUGGGAGACUGAAUGGAGCAGAGAUUAUGCUGAUAUAUCAGUGUCAUAUAAAGGAAUCAGCAGGAAAGGAGGGAGAGAAGACUGUGAGUUUGGAUUCAAUGACAAAUCCUGGAGUCUGAUCUACUCUGGUAACAGAUUCUCUGUCUGGCACAAUAAUAACAGAACUGAUAUACGUGCUGACCGUUCAUUCUCUAAUAGAGCAGGAGUGUAUGUGGACGUGUCGGCCGGCUCUCUGUCCUUCUACAGCGUCUCUGACACACACACACUAACACGCUUACACACAUUCAACACCACAUUCACUGAACCCCUCUACGCUGGAUUCAGGGUUGAUUAUUCUGGUUGCUCAGUGUUUCUGUGUGAUAUUAAACGAUAGAGAGACUCUCUGUAAAUCUUUCUGAUGUUCACAUGCACACAAACUCAUCAAAUCUCACAUCAUUACAUUUGUAUUCAUUCAUAAUUAAAUAGUUUUUCAUUCUUAAUCUAGAAGUUAUAAAUCUAGAUCAGACACACAUACUGUUCUGAAUCUUAAACAGAUGAAUAAGUUUGCUUUAAUAUUUCUAUUGUAAACUGAUGAUCAAAUGUAAUAAAAGUGUAUUAGUGACUGAUUUAA